CGGAACUAAAUAAGUGAAAUGAAAACAUGGCGGCGUAUGUUUGGUGUUUGUGUCAUUUCUUGUGAAACCAUUCAUUUUUUUAGUGUUUUAGUUUAAAAUGGACAAUAAAAAAAGUCCGAUUCGACGGGCAAAACGUGGACCUAAAGUGGUAGAAGAUAAUUUUUGGGAUUGCAGUGUGUGUACGUUCAGAAAUACAGCGGAAGCUUUUAAAUGUUUGAUGUGUGACGUUCGGAAGGGUACUUCUACGCGAAAACCCCGUAUCAAUCCCCAACUAGUAGCCCAGCAAGUUGCUAGUCAAUACCUUCCAGCAGCUAGUAGUAGCAAUACUAAAAAAGAACGAAAGGAUAAGAAAGCUUUAAAAAAACGACGGCAUCCUCCGCGUUUAAAAAAUGUCGAUAGAAGCACCGCACAAACUAGAGAAGUGACUGUAAACAGUGUUACGGUUGUUAUUACCGAAUAUAAACCGAAAAUUAAGUCUGCAGAAACAGUUACCAGCAGUAGCUCCUCUGAUCACGGCUCUCAGUCCGAAUCCAGCAUGGACGCCAGGUAGAAACCAUUGUAAUUUUAACGUUGGGGUGCAUGUCCCCUCUCCGGCUAUCGUAUUUUUUUUUCAUAAUGUCAGCGACUCAUGGCAAGGGACAAUGACUUUUAGAACAUAUACAGAUGCAUUUAUACACAAGCUACUGCCGUUAUUUUACAGGAAUAUGUUUUUUUUUCUUACAAUUCACUGCCAUGACAAUGUUGUUCAAUGUUAUUCCAUUAAUAUUUUUAAGUAUCAACGAUGGGACGGAUCCUUAACAAAUUACCGUGAUUAAUUUUAAGUCUAGUUCAGUAAGUUCUUUUUAUCAAAUAUGACUGAAAAUGGCAUAAGAAACGAAUGCAUUACAAAUGCUAGUUUUUGUAUUACCUAAAGGUAUGCUAAAUAUAUUUUAUUGUCAAUGGAAGACUAAUGAUAAUGAAUCUCAUUCAUAUCUGUUUUAUAGCCUAUUUCUUUCAAGAAUAAUAAUAAAUAAUUAUUAUUCCUCUUGUCUAUUUUGAAUUACACAAUUCUGCUGUAGGGAAUUUACCACUAUACCGGGUGCGUCUCAAAAGUGGCUUACCCCUAUAACUUUUUUAUUUUUUUAGAUAAAAAAACCAUAUUUG